CUACCGUUAAGUUCGAGCCUUUUGCGUUGCACAUGCCUGUGACCGUUCCUUAAACUCUGGGCACCCAUCAAGCCGGUUGUUGAGAACAAGAACUCGUGAAAUCGAAAAGACAAGGUCGUGGAUCUAAUCGGGAUUUAAAGCAAAGGAGAGAUGGACGAACCGGUACCCAGAUGUGCCGUUGUGGACUCAAAGAACCACACGAAUUUUGGUUUCAAAGAAGAGCAACACGGGAAAACCGAGUUUCCUAAGUUGGAAGCACUGUACGAUUCGAGUUCGACGCGGUCGGAAAACGGAGCGGAUGACGAGUGUCUGAUAAAAAAACGGAGCCAAUGGGGAAAACAACUGGAAUUUGUACUCUCUUGCGUCGGAUAUGCUGUUGGUUUGGGGAAUAUAGUUCGGUUUCCCUAUCUAUGUUUACAAAACGGAGGAGGUGCAUUCCUUAUCCCCUAUCUCCUAUACUUGACCAUGUGUGGAAUGUCCUUAUUUUUCAUGGAAACUGCCCUCGGGCAGUCUACAGGGAUGAGCACUAUCAGGAUAUUCAGCAUGAUCCCCUUCUUCGAAGGUAUUGGCUGGUGCAUGGUUUUUAUCUCUGCCAUGAUAUGCGUCAUUUACAGUAUCUUAUCAGGCUACACGAUCUACUACCUCGUCAUGUCGUUUAACUGGGUACUGCCGUGGAGCCAUUGCAACAAUUAUUGGAACACGGAUCAUUGUUUCAGUCAGUCAAUUGAUAUGAAUGAAACCAGAAGCGCAAUCAUGAAUGCUGCGCCAUUCAACUUCUCACACUCGUCGAGUGGACCGAGGAUGAGCGCUGCAGAGGAGUUCUGGAGGUUUAAUGUACUGGAACUGAGUGAAGGAAUUGAAACACUCGGAGGUAUGAACUGGAAGCUGUUUGGUGCAUUGACCGGAUCCUGGAUCAUUACAUACGCAUGUAUGAGUAGAGGAAUACGAUCGGUGGGAAAGGUUGUCUACUUGACGGCAACCCUCCCUUAUGUCCUCCUCACCGUUAUAAUUAUCCGAGGAUGCACCCUGCCAGGUUCCUGGGAUGGACUCAAGUUCUACAUUUUACCCAAUUGGAGCGCUUUAAUGAAGAUACAGGUAUGGAUUGCCGCGGCUACGCAAAUAUUCUAUUCCCUUGGGCCAGCUUGGGGUGGUCUGAUUACAUUCGCCUCAUACAAUCAGUACGACUACAAUAUUUUACGCGACUCAAUGGUCAUACCUCUGAUAUGUGGAUUCACCAGCAUUUACGGUGGAGUGGCCAUUUAUUCCGUGAUUGGACAUCAAAUGUACCUGGCAAACGUGACGGACAUCACACUGUUCCAAGCACAAGGCCCUGGUUUAGCUUUCGUAUCAUACCCUCAAGCGAUAACUCUGCUGCCUGGUGCUGCUAUAUGGAGUGUUCUAUUCUUCUUGAUGUUACUCACGGUUGGAGCGGAUAGUCAGUUUGCAACAAUGGAGUCAGUCGUCAGUGGGCUGACAGACCAAUUCCCGAAGACGCUGGGUCGACACAGAGCGCUCUUUACAUUCAUUGUGUGCCUAGUAGAGUAUGUACUCAGUUUCAUUCUGGUCACCAGGGCUGGAUUCCACUACUUCGUGCUUCUCGAUUCUUAUGCGACCACAUUCAGUGUCGUCGUUAUCGGACUUUUGGAAACACUGACCAUCGCAUAUUUAUACGGUGCCAGACGACUUCUGAGAGACGUGGAAUACAUGAUUGGAUCGAUGCGCAGAUUGACAAAGUACUGGUGGGCGUUCACCUGGUGGGGAUUGGUGCCUAUCAUGACGCUUGUCAUUAUAGUGAACGCCGCUCUGGAUCACAUCACACACGCCGCAGAGUACCAGCAAAACUUUCCCAAUUGGGCUAUUAUACUGGGUUGGAGCCUAACGGGCUUAUCACUCGUGAAAUUGCCAAUCUUAGCAAUUGUCGCACUGCGUCGUCACGGAUGCAACUGGAGGAAGCUAUUCACGCCCGAUGAAGAGUGGCAGCUGCAACUGAAUAGCCGGAGAAUAACAUGCACAUCGGAGAAAAAAGCAAGAACGGCAGCGAUGGACGUGCCUCAGGUAUCAUCACAUUCGUACAUUCAUCAUAGCUCAACUAUGUUGCAAUGACAUGUUGAUAAAUAAAGGAGUGAACCGAAGACCAUCUUUUGUGAAACCGAAACAGCUCAUGACAG